GGGGGCGGGUCGUCGCUGGGUUCCCGAGGCCCGGCCCUUCGGGCUGGGCAGCGCAUCGUGGCAGCCGAGGGCCUCCGGCCCCGCCCGGCGCAGGACGUCCUGGUGGACCUCCGCCGGCAUCUGCGCGUUCCUGCUGGUGGGGCACGCCAGGCUGUCCUGGAUGUCGGAGGACGUUGCCGAGGCCGAGCAGCAGACGGGCUCCUCCUCGCCAGAGGCCCAACUGCGGAGACUGAGGGUAAGGGGCGGCUCGAACAUAGAGGACAAGUACCCGCCCGAUCUGGUCCUCACCAAGCCCUACAGAGAAGAUCCCCACCGGUGGCUGGUGAUCCUGCACGUCAUAGGCAUCGGCUACAUGCUGCUCGGCCUGAACACAGUCUGCGACGUCUAUUUCACGGGUGCCUUAGAGGAGAUGGUCGAGAAUUGGAAUGUGCAGGACGACGUCGCAGGCGCAACAUUCAUGGCUGCAGGUGGCUCAGCGCCUGAGUUUUUCACCGCGCUGAUCGGCACCACCAUUGUAGAGAAUGACGUCGGAUUCGGUACGAUAGUGGGGUCUGCUGUCUUCAACGUGCUGUUCGUUAUCGGCCUCUGCGGCUGGGUCGCGCCCACUGCCAUGGAACUGUCGUGGUGGCCACUCUUCCGGGAUUGCACGUAUUAUUGUUGCGGCCUGUCCUUGCUGGCCUACUGUGCCUCCGACGGAAAGAUACAGUUGAUAGAGGCUGUAUCCUUAUUCGCCGCGUAUUUGGUUUACAUCACCAUUAUGUACUACAACUCAAAGUUGGAGGCGUUCGCGAACCACCUCGUCGGCAAAAAGGUGGCACCCGAUCCAGAGGAGACUGGAAAGCCUGGAGAGGCCUGGGCAGUGCCAUCGCCGAAGGGGGUGCCCGCCGACGUGAGCGAUGAUGCACAGGGAGCCAAAGCGGAGUGCAAGGCCAAAAAGCUCGGCAGCGUAGAGGACGGCACGGCUGCGGGAGACCCCGAGCAGACGCCGGAGGCCACGCCCGAGGGCGGCGGUAUUCGCGAGCUUGCGGCGCAGGGAGACGGCAAGG